AUGAACUCGUCGCCGACGGAGAACACGUCUGACACCUUAGCUCCGCACGAGGCUAUCUACUCACUCACACAAGUCGUCUUCAUCGGCACUAUAGCGGGUCUUCUGUCCGUCGUCACCGUAGUAGGCAACAUUAUGGUGAUGAUCUCAUUCAAGAUCGACAAGCAGCUGCAGACGAUAAGCAACUACUUCCUCUUCUCUCUCGCCGUGGCCGACUUCGCCAUAGGACUGAUCUCCAUGCCCCUCUUCACCAUAUCCACGCUGCUCGGCUACUGGCCCCUGGGGCCCCUCGUCUGCGACACCUGGCUGGCCCUGGACUACCUAGCCAGCAACGCCUCUGUGCUCAACCUGCUCAUCAUCAGCUUCGAUCGCUAUUUCUCGGUCACCAGGCCACUCACUUACAGAGCCAAGCGGACCACCAACAGGGCUGCAAUCAUGAUCGCGUGCGCUUGGGGAAUAAGCCUCCUACUCUGGCCACCUUGGAUUUACAGCUGGCCCUACAUCGAGGGCCAGCGGACUGUACCCGACAACGAAUGCUACAUCCAAUUCAUUGAAACGAACCACUAUAUCACCUUCGGGACGGCGAUCGCAGCUUUCUAUGUGCCAGUCACUGUCAUGUGCUUCCUAUACUGGCGGAUAUGGAGAGAGACAGAGAAAAGACAGAAAGACCUUCCCAACCUGCAGGCUGGCAAGAAGGACAGCAGUAAAAGGAGUAAUUCCAGUGACGAGGCCAACAAUGCCUGUUCGACGGUGGACCUGGAGGACUGGAGGAGGCCAAGGUCGGAGUCGUCGACGGGGGCAGACACGGACUCGGUCUACAUGCACGGGUCGGUCCUGGUGGAUCACCACAAGAGGAAAAGGCCGCGCCGACGAGGCUGGCUGUCGGGAGUGUGGCGGAUACGAGCGUGGUGCGUGGCGUGGUGGCACUCCGGCCGGGAGGACAGCGACACCGAGGAGGAGAGCCCCAGCGAGCAGGGCCAGGGCUGCAUCACCCCGGUCUCUCUGGACACCCCCCUGCAGAGCUCCGUAUCCAGAUGCACAUCGCUCAACGUAAUCAGGGACCCCUAUGUAACCAGUCUCUCAACACAACGCGAUCACGCAUUGAACCAGGCCAAUAUGACCCCGACGCGACUGGCGCCCAGGGACUCCCGCAGCCUGCCCACGACGAACCGCUUGACGGGCCGCUCGGUCUCCAGCGACAGCGUCUACACGAUCCUGAUCCGACUGCCGGGGGAGCCGGGGGAAGGCGCCAACUGCAACGAGGGCCCCUCCAUCAAAAUGAUCCCCGAGGUGUCGCCUCGCAACCACACCGACGCGGCCGACUACUCCCACAGCCAAAACCAGAGCAACCACCUCAACAGGAGGCCCUCCGCCAUGACGGACAUCCGAAUCCCGCUGAACGCCAAAAUCAUACCCAAACAGUUGGCUGGCAAGACCCUACUCGCCAACGCCACCAAGAACCAAGGAAAGAAGAAGAAGAAAACGCAGGAGAAGAAGGCCGACAAGAAGGCAGCCAAGACGCUGUCAGCCAUCCUGCUGACGUUCAUCAUCACGUGGACGCCGUACAACAUCCUGGUGCUGCUGAAGCCGGUGACGUCGACGAGUGCCCGCAUCCCGCCGCAGCUCUGGGAUUUCUUUUAUUACUUGUGCUACAUAAACUCCACUAUUAACCCUGUGUGCUACGCCCUGUGCAACGCCAGUUUCAGGCGAACGUAUUUGCGGAUCCUCCAGUGCAAAUGGCAUAACAGGAACCGCGCCGCCAUGAACCGCGGCUAUUACAAUUAG